UCAUGACGUCACAUGUUUACACGGAAACGUGAGCUUCUAUUCACGGCUGCUUGAGAAAUAUGGAAUUUAUCACAAAUUCGGUCCGUUUUAUCACAGUAAUGGAAUAACAUACUUUUCCCGUAACGUGUCCUCUAUCAGUAUGUACAGCGGUCUUCUACCCAAUGGUUUAACAAAAGACGACCUCAGUCCGGAUGACCAGGAAGAGGAGCAUCAUGAGAAUGAAGUGGAAGUAAACGUGAAGACGCCUACGGUUACACAUGUUACGAAUGACCGCCCAACAGGUUGCCUGCCUGGUGUUUCCCAGGAAAUGUGGCAAAAAUUUAAUGAGCUGCGUCAGAAGAAAGAGGAGACGAAGAUGACGACAAUCCCGAGGAAAAAAAGAAGGAAAAGGCGACAAUGCAAGAAAGAAAUAGAGGGCAAAGAGCCAACAGCGACAAGCAGAGAGCGUCAGGAGGAGCUGGAGAAGCACUGGGAUGGGCUUAAGCAAUAUUUUGGUGUAAAUGAUCGAUUUCAUCCCCCUGCAUGUUCCAACCCCCCUCUAAAGUCCGGCCUAGAAAAGAGCAUAGAGAAGGCCAUAGCUGAAGGGGACACUGCAAAGGCGGAGGAGAUGAGCGACAGACUCGCCACUCGAGAGCUUGCUGUGAAAAUCGCCAAAGCCACUGAUUGCCGUGACUUUGUGCAGCGCAAACAGGAAGAGGACGCUUUGAGGGCAGCGAAGAAAAAGAAGAGGCAAAUAGCUUGGGGGUUCGAGGCAAAAAAACGCUGGGAAACCAAAAGCAACAUGGGUUACAUGUGACCAAGAGAAGUCAAAAGAUUUUUUUUUUUUUUAAUGUUAAGUGAAUAAAACUGUUUCUUAUGGAAACUUAUAUGAUUUAGUUUUAUUUUUUGCACAUUUAAAAGAAUUAACACCCGCAAGACUGUGUGUUGGUUGAGGGCGGAAUAGAAAAUCCAUCUAAAAGCGAGGAAAAAAAAAAAUCCCAUUCAAAUUAAUUCCCUAGGCGUCCAUUGGAGUCUGCAUUGUGUUAGUUUUCCAUUACACUUCGGUGAUUUGAGCGGUUCUGGCCUUCAAAUUAAAUCUGCUGUACAUUA